AUGCAACAAUCAUUUGGCGAUCACGAUAUCCGUCCUAAUCGUCAAGCUGUGCACAACGUCCAGACAUCCUCUACCCCAUCCGUUGGUGAUCCUGGUGCUCCUGAAGGCGAUGGUGGCAAGACUGCCGAUGCCGUGUUUGCUGGUAUCCCCACUUUUGCUCAUCUUCCCUACGAGCAGUGCUGGAGCAACGAUACCGCCGAAUUUGAUAUUGCUUUCAUUGGCGCUCCCUUCGAUACCGGUACCUCGUACCGUCCUGGCGCUCGAUUCGGCCCUGCCGGAAUUAGAGAUGGCUCUCGAAGACUAGCUCUUUAUGGUGGUUAUAAUGUCCCUAUGGACGUCAAUCCCUUCCAAGCCGGUGCCCGCGUUGUUGACUGUUCGGAUAUCUUUGUCAGCUCCUACGAUAACGAGCUUGCUAUUAAGCAGAUCCAGGAUGGCCAUCAAGCAGUUUUGCACCACGCUCCCGCUACUCCCAGCUUCACCAAGUUCCCUCGUGUCAUUACUCUCGGUGGUGACCAUACCAUUACUUUGCCCCUGCUUCGGUCAAUCAACAGUGCCUACGGCCCAGUUUCUGUGAUCCACUUUGAUUCUCACCUUGACACGUGGAAGCCCAAAGUCUUUGGUGGCUCCAAGUCUGCUGUGGCUGCAGUCAACCACGGCACUUACUUUUACCACGCUUCGCAAGAAGGCUUGCUCAAGAAGGGUGAGUCGAUCCACGCUGGUAUCCGUACCACCCUCAGCGGACCAAGUGAUUAUGAAAACGAUCUUGAAAUGGGCUUUGAAAUCGUCGAGGCGCGUGACAUUGACACAAUUGGCACCCAGGGCAUUAUUGAACGUAUUCGUGAGCGCGUCGGCGAUAACCUGGUCUAUCUCUCCAUCGAUAUCGAUGUUUUGGAUCCUGCUUUCGCCCCUGCUACUGGAACUCCCGAGACUGGGGGCUGGAGCACUCGUGAGUUGCGGCGCAUCGUCCGUGGUUUAGAGGGCCUCAAGUUUGUUGGUGCCGACAUUGUCGAGGUAUCAACUCCUUAUGAUACAAAUGCUCAAGUCACUGCUUUGGCUGCUGCCGAUUUGAUGCUUGAAGUCAUGUCCCUGAUGGUCAAGACCCCCAUUACGUAA